AUGGAGGGGACGUUCCUAGGGACAAUGGUGCCCGGCCUGUUCAAGGUGUCGUGGUCGGGCUGGUCCAGCAUGCUCCCACCCAAACCGAAAUGGUCGAUCGAUCAAAUUCCGGACCUAUCAGGGAAGGUGAUGAUUGUCACGGGCGGAAAUACAGGUAUCGGUAAAGAGACAGUUAGGGCAUUGCUCCAACACAACGCAAAGGUGUAUCUAGCAGGCAGAAAUGCGGAAGCAUGCGCAGCGGCGAUUCGAGAGCUGAAGCGAGACACAGGACGAGAAGCUGUAUUCUUACGUUUAGACCUGGCGGAUCUUAAGUCCGUGAAGGCUACGGUGGAGGAGUUCAUGAGUAAGGAAACCCAACUCCACGUCCUGUUCAAUAAUGCCGCAGCCAUGUAUCCAGACGUAGACUUGGUCACGGCGGACGGGUAUGAUCUCCAGUUCGGAACGAACGUGUUGGGCCAUUUCUACUUCACAAAGCUCUUACUUCCAGUUAUCCUCGGGACAAUUAAUACAUCACCUCCCGGGACCGUUCGUGUAAUACAUACAUCGUCGGUUGGACACGAGUUCGUCUCGGGAAUUGACUUCGACACGUUUAGAGAUGGGCCGCACAGAAGGAGACAAGACACCACCAGGCUGUAUUUCCAGAGCAAAUUUGGCAACGUGGUCGUUUCCGACGAAUUCCAUCGGCGAUUUGCCGACCAAGGCCUGAUAUCUAUCUCUUUGCACCCAGGUAACCUGAAAGUGAAUACAGAGAGGCAGCCAUCCUUGGGCUCGAAGUUAGUCAGCGUUUUCAAUCCGACGCUACCUGGUGCAACGUUGGGAGCGCUAACUCAGCUGUGGGCUGGAACAGCGCUCGUAGGGGCCGAGCUCGGGGGAAAGGUCGCAUCGCUGGUCAGUAUGCAAAGCCAAGAAGCAGUGCUACAGAGAGGAUUGGGGAUCGCGAAGUCCUUAGCUUCCGGCAUGGGUGACAAUGUCAAUGGGCUCGACCCUAAUGAUCGAACACCGGAUCCUGACCGAUUGCUCAGCGCAUACUUCCACUCUACGACAACGCUCAACUAUGUGCGCGGCCUUCUGACGUCUGAUUUCGCAUCUCUCCAUCACCCCCGGGAUUGGUCACUAUCUCAUGUCCGUUCACCUGCGCUUCGGACGGAGUUUGAACGAAUCGUAGAGGGCCUGUCUGAUGCUCUCGACUUCACGCAGACGAUUGGACUAGGCAGUCAGCAUACGAGCUACGAGCAAGGCGGCGGACGCGGAGUGCUUGGAGAAGUGGAUUUCUUCACUAGCCAUGAAGGACUUAUGCUGGACUUCGAGGAGGCCAUGACGCGCCAGUUCCCCACUCCAUCCUCAUUGUUAUCUACCGCACAAGCGACCACAUUUGAUGGGGACGCUGUAACACCCCCCAACGUUUACUACAAUACAUCCGCGCACUUCCUUUGGAUCGGCGACCGCACAAGGCAGUUGACUGGAGCCCACGUUGAGUAUUUCAGAGGUAUCAGAAAUCCAAUAGGUAUCAAAGUAGGUCCGAGUAUGGCGGCUGACGAACUUGUGCGAUUGCUCGACAUCGUCAAUCCUGAUCGCGAAGGGGGAAGGGUUACUCUGAUCACUCGGUACGGCGCCGGAAAGAUUGAGAGUCACCUCUCGAGUCACAUCAGCGCUGUGCAAAAAUCCGGACAUCCAGUUGUUUGGAUAUGUGACCCUAUGCAUGGGAAUACGCUGACAUCUUCGACUGGUCUCAAGACGCGUCACUUUGGCACAAUCAUCAGCGAGCUGACGUCUUGUCUCCGAAUUCACGCGGAAUGCGGCUCGCGUAUGAACGGUGUAAGCCUUGAGUUCACGGGCGAGCUCAGCGAGGACGGAUUCAGCGUAACGGAAUGCCUGGGCGGAAGUAUGGAACUCAGCGAAGACCAGCUGAGUUCUCGAUACCAGUCGUUCUGCGAUCCUCGACUGAACUUCGAGCAGUCUUUAGAUAUCGCAUUCUUGAUCUCAAAUUCCUUCAAGAAAGCCCGAGUGGGGCGUAAAGGUGCCGAUAGUGACGUCCUUUAUUCUGAACUUGGGGGACGGAAGUACCCUCAACCUUGA